UUUUUAUAUUCUAACUAUUUCUAGGUUGUCUCCUAAUUGUAUAUAUUUCUUAUGUUCUAAAGUUACUUUUUAUUUUCUAAUUAUUUUUUGCUAUUUGCUAUAAUACUUAAUUUUUAUGGUGUAAUUGCUAUGAAGAUUUAGGAUCAAAAGAAGAAGAAAAAGAGCAGUACAGAAAAGAGAGAAACGAGGAGGAAAAAAUUGAGAAGAAAGAGAAAAGGAAUGAGGAGUCACCAAAAUAGGUACUUAUGUUCUAAACUAUAUUCUUAUGUUUUAAAUUAUGUGUUUAUGUUCUAAACUACAUGCUUAUGUUCUAAACUACAUGCUUAUGUUCUGAUUUUAUUGUUCUGAUUUUAGGGAGCUUUUGUAUGCUGAUAACAUGGGGACAAAGAUUACGAGAGAUGAGAUUCAUAGUCUCAUAGAAGAUAAGCACAUGUUGAACAAUGUUGUGGAUUCUUAUGUUUGCCUAUUGAAUUUUGAAAAUAAAAGACGUGGUGUAGACAAGAAGAGUAGAUUCUUUUUCAGUACUGAAUGCUAUCUCAUACGUUGUACAGAAAAAUACUUCAAAUCAAAUGAAAGGCAAGAUGAUAGAAUGAAGGCUUUGUUUGAUAGAAUGCAACAAGAAAUGACAACGACCGAAGUAACAAGCUUCAAAAGCAUUCAAUUGGUUUUCUUCCCGGUCGUUUUACCAGAUCACUACUAUUUGCUGUGUGUCAACUUUGUGGAAGGAACACUUGAUUUGAUUGACAACAUAUUUCUUCCACCAAAUAUUCCUUUUCACAAUAAAUAUGGAAAUUACCAUAGAUUAAUGUUGAAUGCAUUUGCUGAUUUCGUUCACUCAAUUGACUCAAAUAUAAAGAGUGACUUUGUAUCCUCCUUCAAAACAAGAAACUUGAGUAUGUCGUGGAAGAGCAAUAAGAACAAACAUGAUUGUGGAGUGUUCCUGUUGAAGCACAUGGAAACAUAUGAAGGAGAAUCUGUAAAACAAUGGAAUUCGGGACUAGAAUUAGACAAUUUUGACCAAAUGAAAAAAUUAAGAGUGGAGUAUUGUGGGAAGAUAAUAACAGCAGAAGUAAAUGAAGAACGGAACAAAGUGAUUAGGAGAUCAAAAAAGUGGUCAAAGGAGAACAAAAUGGAUAUAUGAUUGUUAAGAUCUUAAGUUUAUA